GCGCGCCAUAGCUCCGCGCGACCGCGGCUGUCAGCGCUGUGAAGAUGGUGGCGGCUGUUGCCCCUGUGAUCUGCCCGCCGCACAGUCGCCUCAGCUGCUCCAUCAUGUCAAAUGCGGCCAGAUAAAACCCGGAGAGGAGAUCUUCCCGUCGCUAUGUGGACUCUACAGAGGGAUUCAAUGGGGGGAAAAAAGAGCUCCGGUAUCAUUUUUUUUUUUUUUUUGUUUAGUUUUGGGUUAAAGUGGAAUUUUUUAAGCUGUAUGGAGAAAGGAAGAAAAACCACCGUCCCCGCUGCAUGAUCCAGUCAGAUUCAAUUAAAGUGGUUGGAUCAAGGCGGGGCUCUUGCUUUUUAACCUGUGGGGCUGAGGUGUGGGAGGGGGACGUGGAGCGUGGAGCAGGAGGUGAGGAGGGGGGCUUUUUAAUUAGCUCGACUCGGUCUCUGCGGGCUUCUCAUUCCUGCGAUCGCAUAGGGUGACCCAGCUUUUGCAGGCAAACUUCAGACAAAAGGAAACAGUGCUUCAGUUCAUCUUCCUCCUCGCGGCUUUGCCAGGUGGACUCCCUGCGGUCCGGACGUUUGGACUAUAUAUAUAUGUGGAGAUUUUUGUUCUUCUUCUGACACGGUGGACUGGUGACAUGGUGGGAAAUGUGCCGAAGCAGCGACGUUGAGCUAAAAAGUGCUCCGCGGAUGUCCUCAAGCGGCGUGUUUGGGCAGGAGUCCCCCACGGACACGCUUUUGCAAUAAAGCCCAGCGUUCCCAUUGGGUGUUUUCCCGCACGCGCGUGGACCUCUCUUGCGAAGAACGGCUUGCGCAGGAUCCCCCACCACCCACACCUUGUGAGUUUUAUAGACGGAGCAGCGGUGGAGACACCGGAGCGGGGAGUCAGGAAAACACGGGGCUCCGUGUGUGAGAAUAUUUGGGAUUAGGCCCUGCAGCAAAAAAAAAAAUAUAUAAAAAAAUAAGCAUGUGGCAUAAAAAAGGUGUUUCUCUGCGCUCAAGCCGCCUCAGACGUGGGAAAAACGGCCCCUUUAUUUAACAACACUACGAAAAUCUGCGGCUGUGAGUUACUGUGCAUGAAGUUUUGCCCGGUCUUGUAAACUGCUGCGGUGCAGGAAGUAUUAACUUCAGGGAGGGAGUGUGGGGGUUAAGACUGAAUGUGGACCUGGCAUUAAAACUACUCACUAUGUUGACAAAAGCAAGUUCUGAGGGGGGAAAAAACUCAAAACGUGAUUUCAUAGCGUUCUAAACCAAUUUCCCCUCUCCCAAGCUUUACCUUUUGGGAUAGAUUUACGUUUUUUUUUUUUUUUUGUGUAACAUUUUCCGAUGACUGGAGCAAGCUGUGGGCUGCCCGGACUGGAACGGAGCAGGCAUCGAGGGAACCUUGCAGUCUCAAGUGCGUCUAAACAGACGGGGAAUGUAGAGGAAUGCGGGGACUGACGUCAAGAGGGGGGCAAUGAUGAACUGCUCAGAAACUUUGAAUGGUCUGGUAUUGCUUCAGCCAGAGCCCUGAAAUCGUCUACAUGCUUUGCCUUACUUGUGUUGAUAGUUCUCAUGAUUAACUGUGCCUUCCAAUAGUGUUAGUUUUUUUUUUUUUUUUGGACGUAGAGCAAUAAGAGCGACAUGAUGGCAUCUCCCCAGCAUCAGAAACUGCUGCCGCACAACACAGAGGUGAGCUGCGACUCCAGCGGCGAUGGAGGCGUCGCGGUGCGAAUCGGCAGCGGCGGCGGCAAACACAGGCACGGCGGAGGGCCUCUGGGCUCGAUCGGCGGGGGCCUAAUCGGGGGCACCAAGCACUGCAAGUACAGCAUCUCGUCCAGCUGCAGCUCGGGGGAGUCCGGCCUGAGGAGAACCGUGGCGAAGAGUUUCCGCGCGCACAAGGGGACGCCCCAGCUGUUCGAGAGGUCGGCGGGUCACUUCUGGGACCCGAAGUUCGACUCCUCCAUCCUGGAGGAGGCCUGCAGGGAGCGGUGCUUCCCUCAGACCCGCCGGCGCUUCCGCUACGUGCUCUUUUAUCUGGCGGCCGCCGGUCUCCUCUGGGGGUUGUAUUUCGCCGCCCAUCCGUCCCGCUGUGACGCGGCGGUUUUCCUCCCCCCCGCCGUUUCCUUCCUCGUCUUCUGCCUUCUUCUCUUCCUGCUGACGUUCACCAGGCUUUACUCUCGCUGCUACAACCAGGCGUCCCUGCUGCUUAUCUUGGCAACCUUCGUAUUGACCCUGGCCCCUCAGAUCCAGACGUUAGGAUUCAGGGACCUGGACGACAGGUCACCUGAGUUUGACACGGAGGGAAUCGGUGGCGUAGAGUCCGCACACAAUAUAUCCAAUGACAAGUCAGUUGGGGGCAUUGAUGAGUUCCCUUGCCUUUCUCCUGUGGGCACUUUCUCCCUCUGCAUCGAGGUUCUCCUGUUGCUGUACAGUGUUCUGCAUGUUCGUCUUUACGCGUCUCUCAUGCUCGGGUUGCUCUACUCCGUCUUGUUUGAGACCUUGGGCUGUUUGCUGCCGACCCAGACGGGAGAGAGCCGGAGCUGGGCCUUUUCCCCGGAGCUGGAGAUGUUCAGUUGGCUGGGUCCGGCCAAAGCUCUGCUUCACCUCUGCGCCCACGCCAUCGGCAUCCACCUGUUCGUCAUGUCCGAGGUGCGCUCGCGCAGCACCUUCCUCAAAGUCGGACAGGCCAUCAUGCACGGGAAAGACCUGGAGGUGGAGAAGGCCCUGAAGGAGAGGAUGAUCCACUCGGUCAUGCCGCGCAUCGUGGCGGACGACCUGAUGAAGCAAGGCGACGAGGAGAUCGGCGACAACUGCGGCAAGCGUUACUCCACCGGCGGCGCGGCGGCGGCCAUAUCCAGCCCGAAGAACAACAAGCGCAAGAAGACGUCAAUCCCCAGAGGGCAGAUCAUCUUCAGACCCUUCAACAUGAAACGAAUGGAGCCCGUCAGCAUCCUCUUCGCCGACAUCGUGGGCUUCACCAAAAUGUCCGCCAACAAAUCGGCCCAUGCCCUCGUCGGGCUUCUCAACGACUUGUUCGGACGCUUCGACAGACUCUGCGAGAUCACCGGCUGCGAGAAGAUCAGCACUCUGGGGGACUGUUACUACUGCGUGGCCGGCUGUCCGGAACCGAGACCGGACCACGCCUACUGCUGCGUGGAGAUGGGCCUGGGCAUGAUCCAGGCCAUCGAGCAGUUCUGCCAGGAGAAGAGGGAGAUGGUGAACAUGAGGGUGGGCGUCCACACCGGCACCAUACUGUGUGGGAUCCUGGGGAUGAAGCGCUUCAAGUUCGACGUCUGGUCGAACGACGUCAACCUGGCCAACCUGAUGGAGCAGCUGGGCGUGGCCGGGAAGGUCCACCUCUCGCAAGCCACCUUCGACUUCCUGGACGACCGGUACCAGUACGAGGACGGGCAGGUCAACGAGAAGAUAGGACAGAGUGUGGUGGCUGAUCAACUCAAAGGCAUGAAGACCUACCUUAUCUCUGGCAGAAAGGUGGAGGCCCACUGUAACUGCGCCCAGAUGGGGUUGUCUGGACCGGGGGAAGCUGAUGCUCCGUGCCAGAUGCCCAGAUUGCACACGCCCGAUGGGGCUUGCACCCUUCCAUCAGACAAAACCAAGUCCCCCUGUCUGUCCUGCAGCGUGACCCUUACGGCGGGGGAGGAUCCGGCUCUGGAAGAAGGACUGGUACAUAACGGCUGCCUUGAUGACAAAGCCUAUAACGGCAAGGACUCUUCAAAUCUGAAGUGUUCCCCCGCGGUGUCCGCUGGCCGCAGCCCCAAGUCGGUGAAUGGCCUGCUCAGUCCUCAGCUCGAGGCCUUGAAUAACAGCCAGACUUCGCUGUGUGAGAUGCUGCAGGAAAAAGAGAAGAAGACUUUGAGCGGAGGAGCCCUGGGCAUGGACCACUCGGCGCUCAUCCCGCUGCGAUCCAAGAACUUCCGGGAGAGGAGCGAUGCUCACUUCGUGGAUGUUAUCAAGGAGGAUAGUCUUAUGAAGGACUAUUUCUACAAGCCUCCCUUGCACAAGCUGAGCCUCACCUUCCUGGAGAGGAGCCUGGAGUCUGCCUACCGGAUGAGCUACCAGGAGGAGGUGGAGACUCAAGCAGCGGUUCAGACGUUCGCCAGCCCGACGUUCAGUUCUUUCCUGGAUAUGCUGCUGUGCUGUUUGGUCGUUCUGGCGCUCUCGCUUGCCUGUUUCCUCCGACCUCUCGUCACCCAGCAGAGUCUGUCAACACCGGCGCUCAUCCUAACAUCUGCAGCCGCCCUGCUGGAGGCUCUGGCCCUGCUGUUCGCUAUUCGGAUGGCUUUCUAUCUGGACAGCGUGCUGAGCUGCACUCGGGUGCUGAUGAGGGCCGUCUCCGGCUGGAUAGUUCGCCACUUUAUCGGAGUUGUUCUGGUGUCUCUGCCUGCUCUGGCCGUCUUCUCCCAUUUCACCUGUGACAUGUACAACUCCAUCCAGUUUACAAUGUUCAUCUGCUGUGCAAUCAUCAUAGCUAUGAUCCAGUACUGUAACUUCUGCCAUCUCAGCUACUGGAUGCGCUCCACAAUAGCCACCCUGGUGGGGCUGUCGAUGCUUGCAUUGCUCUGCUGCCCCCCCUGCAGGUCAUAUGGCCAAAGCAACAACACAAACAACUCCGUUUUCUUGGCCGACAACUCAACAGGUUCCGAUCAACAGCCCGACUCCGACCCACUCAAACGUCUUAUUCCCGAAGCCUGCCUGGCCUUCUUCCUGCUCCUUCUCCUCGUUUGGUUCCUCAACCGUGAAUUCGAGGUCAGCUACCGUUUGCAUUACCACGGCAACGUAGAAGCUGAUCAGCACCGCAUCAAGAUUCAGAACAUGAGGGACCAGGCCGACUGGCUGCUUCGCAACAUAAUCCCAAUCCACGUGGCGGAGCAGCUCAAGGUCACCCAGAGUUAUUCCAAGAACCACGACAACGUUGGGGUGAUAUUUGCCAGCAUCGUGAACUUCAGCGAGUUUUACGAAGAAAGCUACGAGGGAGGCAAGGAGUGCUAUCGCGUUCUCAACGAGCUGAUCGGUGACUUUGACGAGCUGUUGCGCAAGCCGGCCUUUGCAAACAUUGAAAAGAUCAAGACAAUUGGCGCGACGUACAUGGCCGCGGCCGGACUCAACACUCAGCAGUGCGCGGACGCGGCCCAUCCUCACGCGCACCUUCGUGCCCUUUUCGAAUUUGCCCUGGAGAUGAUGCGAGUGGUGGACGACUUCAACAAGAACAUGCUCGGCUUCGGCUUCAAGCUCCGCAUUGGCUUUAAUCACGGGCCGCUGACAGCGGGCGUGAUUGGCACCACCAAGCUUCUCUACGACAUCUGGGGCGACACCGUCAACAUCGCCAGCCGAAUGGACACGACGGGCGUGGAGUGCCGCGUUCAGGUCAGCGAGGAGAGCUACUGCGUGCUCAGCGGCAUGGAUUACGAGUUCGAUUACCGAGGGACGGUCAACGUUAAAGGCAAAGGCCAGAUGAAGACGUUUCUUUACCCCAAGAGCAGCGACAGCGGCCCCGUGCCUCAGUACCAGCUCUCUGUCUCCCCAGAGAUCCGAGCGCAGGUGGAUGGCAGCAUCGGGCGGUCUCCCACUGACGAGCUCGCAAACAUGGUGCCGACCACCAGCAAGAAUGCCAGCAGUACCAAAACGAUGGUCCCCAGUGCCAGCACUGGUUCCUCGAACAAAACAGGGCUCAGUCAAAUGAAGGACUCGGACGUCCGCGAAAGAUGUCCGUCCGCGGCCGCUUCCUGUGCCAAACGGUCCAUGUCACACAGUGGCUUAACAUCAAUACCUGUGACCAGUCUUGAGGGACACUCGCCGAACAACAAACAGCUCACGGUCUCAUCCUCAGUCCAACAACAUGCACCACAGCACUCACCGAGAAGAGAGACAAAAGACCAACUAGAGAAUAACUGUGACGUUAAUGCUGGAGAUUUAACCAGGCUUUAAGCAACAGCACUUUUAUUACCAACCCUGUUCCCUUUAAGCUCUCAUUACUGCUAGCCGGCACGUGUAGAUGCUAUACAUUUGUCUAACUUCAGGUAGAGGAGGAGGAUUUGGUCAUACAAACAAGCCAGGUUUUUUAUCAGCCAAGGACAAGGUAGUUUGUAGUUUAAAUGUGAUUGGCUGAUAUCAUCCAGGCUGCUUGGUGGACCGCGCAGAGUGUCGGGCUGAAAUUAAGAGAACAUGGAAAAUUGCCUCCUAACAACCCCAUUAACUUACUUGAUUAUCUUUGCACCUUUAAUCUUGAUUGUUUCUGUCAAAUGUCUUUUAAGUGCCUUUAGAAUAGAAUACAAUUUAAACAAGGCCUUUUUAACUCAAUAACAACUAAAAAAGGGAAAACUUUACAAGCGAAAACUUUUGGGAAUAAAGCUCACUUUUGCUAUUGGUUUACUUUAAUGAACUAUAUUUUGCAAGGACAUGUUUUUUUUGUUGCCUUUCUAUCUAAGAGGAAAUCAGUAAUGCGAGAAGUCCAUGUAAAGGGAUAAUUUAGAUUUCUUUGAAGUGAGGUUCUGUGAAGUUGUCGGAAGAAGCAGUGAGUGCUAACAGGUAGUCAGAUGGACUCGACGUUUUUCCAAUUGAUCAUGUUUGAUACAGUAGACAUUACACGUCUACGUUUUUACAAGAUGCUGUUAAAUUUGUUGCUGUUUUUUUUUUCAGCCAAACGACAUCCAACUUAAUGAGCAACAGGCUACUAGGAAAUCAGUCAGUCGGGAUAAUUUCCAAACGACUGUGCAACCUGGAAGGGAAUAGGAGCACACCCUCUUCCAUGUUGCUGGGCAAAAUCUAAAGCAAUCGUCGUUGAUGCGGUUGAUGGAUGCACACAGCAGCCAAUGUAACGCAACCAACAUGUCUUCAGUGUGGCAACACAGAUUUUGUUCAAGCUUAGAAAACACCAACACAAUUGAGGGCAGCUUCUUCUGAAAAUGCAGAUGUUCAACAUCUCCUGUUAUAGCAUUGUACCCCAGUGAUAUACGCAUUUUCAGUUGCGGUUUGAAAUGUGUUAAAUUAGCCAACAUGGGUCUCCAUUUGACUAGUUUUAAUGAGACACAAAAAAGAACAAACGUUCACUCAAAUCUCGCAGGACUUGAAGCUGACUGACUUCACGGAUCGAAGGUGACGAGGCAGACUGAUGCAGCCCGCGUUAACCAACGUAACUUUAGUGUCGUAACUUGGACAUCGUUUAGCAUAGAAAACAGAAACAGAGUUAACAGUAGCCUGCUGCGAAGGGUUCGAUAUCGUCACUUGACGAGCUGUUAUGGGCCCGGAAGAGCGCAGGAAUGUAUCAUCUUCAGUGCCGUUGCAUUCAGUCUGAAUGUUUAUCCCUCACUUGGUCGGACUUGGAACCGACUGAGUCAAAGCUGACGAGGCAAAUGAAUACAGUUGCCAGCCACUGACGCUAGUGUAAAUUUAGCAGGGUCACACUGCAGUGGGUCGGCGUAGCAAAUGAAAACAAACAUAACAACGCAAUCUUAGCAUUAGCAGAUAGUAAGUAGCUGAAACUGUAGAUGGUCGAUAUCCACUAAUCUAACAUUAUAAUCCGUGGAUGGAAACAUUUUCAGCUCAAGUUGCUAACAUCAGCCUAAACGUUUGCCCUGUGCUAUUAGCUGUUAGCGCCUCACCGCUUUGAGGGACUUACUCACUUUUCUACAAACUUAUUUUCAUACGACAUCAAUAAGGGAACCGUCCUUCAAAAUGUUAAAUAUCCCUUUAAGUGACUGAAAUAAAGAUGUUAUUUCAAGAUGGCAGAAUCUACACGGCUGUGCCUCAGUUCAUGUAAAAACAAGAUAGCUCCUCGUGAAGGCCACGGUCAGGACUAUCUGGCGCGAGACGCGGGGAGACGAUGCCCGAGCUGUACGAGCAUAUCCGCACGCAUUCAGCGCUGCGUUUCCUUUAUUGUACAACACGUACAGGCAAUGGUUAAGCUACCCUUGAGUUACCCAGAUGACUGAAAUUUAAACUCAUUUUCUGUUGUGGCAGCUUCUUCUCCGACUACAAGUUCAUAUUUCCAAAACACUAGGAGAUGGUUUCCUCGGCUAUGCUUAAUCUGCAUGCGUGCAGCAUCGUAGGCUUCUAGUAGUUGUGCCCCCGGCCCAACACGUCUGUGGGGAGGUCAAGAUGUGUUUGGUGCUUUACAAGACGCCGAUAUACCUGUCAAUGGUAUUAAGCUAUGAUUUUUAGAUGGACUAAAGACAAAAAAAAAUGACUGCCUAAAGGGGUUGCAUUGCAUUACACUGUGUUAAAGUAGUCUUAGUUGUCUCAAGACGAGGAUAAUCAAUGUGGAAUGUCACAAACGUGUUUGUGUUGUUACAUGAAACUUAAGCUGUUCAUCUAAGGCGCCCAACUGUCCAGGAUCUCAAAGACAUUGCUGGAUAAACACAGCUUGACGCUUUUUUUUUAACCGCUUCGAACCUUUAGUGGCAUGAAAAUUAAUGUGCUCGCACUGUAAAUGCAAAAAGAGUGUCUCAGAUGUGUUUCAUGUUCCUAGGUGUUUUUUAAAAGCUUCCCCCCCCCCCCUCCCAAUGCUGUAACGUCAAAUCCUACACGGUGCAUUUUCUGUCAUUGCUCAUGCUAAAUACGGAUUGCGUGCUCAAGAGCAAAAUCGGUACAAUUUCACUUGUCUUAAUUUUGGAUGUGUUGGGGAAAAAAUGAUGGGUAACAAAAAUCUCCUGUAUUUAAAACUGCCAUUUCAUAUUCUGAACUUGUAAUUUAGUUUAAUAAAUGUGAACUAGUUUGCAUAUUAGCUAAAAAAAACUGCUUUUGUUAACCAUUUCAGGUGAUAUUGGUUACAUUUCUCUUCACAGCUUAAGUCAUAUCUCUGAUGUUUGAACUUUGCUUUCAGAUUUUCACUUUAAGCUUUUUGAGUUAUUACAUGUGUACAAAUAAAGCAUAAAAUGAGAACCCUUUAGCUCAAAUCACAUUUUUGUUUUGAUAGUUUUUGAAAAUGCGUAGUGCCUUUUGAUGCAUGUAUAAAUGUGAUGAUACGCAGUUAGAUUUAAAUUUUUUUUUUUCCUUUUCCAUUUUAGCUUUGGUAUUGCAUCCCAUUUGGAGCUGGUUUAGUCUACAUGUGAAAACAGAUGAAUGAAAGGGAAACUAGUGUUUCUUUGCUCAUGAGCACACAACCCUUGCAGCUCAAUGUGUUUGUAACACUACAAAACAGGGGGGGAAAAAUCAUUACUAAAGAUUUAAGUGCUGGUAGAAGUAAAUGUUUGGUGGAAAAAGCAUAAACUUGACAUUUUUCUAUUUUUAUUUUUUUGGGUGAGGGGUGUGUGUGAUUUUGAUAAGCCUUUUUUUUUUUUUAACUCUGGGCCAUUUUUUGUGGACAUAAAUAUACAAUUACAUAUACAUGUCCCCCCACCCCCAGAUUCUGAUUUCUACCUGCUUUGUGUUCUUGCCUGGACAUGAGCAAACAGUGUAUUGACUUAGCUGGAUUCAUUUAGAUGUUGGUGACAUUCUGAACCAGCAGCAUAGCGCACUGGGAAAAUGUUGAUGCCAAAGAGAGUCAUAGCCAUCUCCCGUAACCUCCUUGUGCGCGGUCUCUAUUUUCUGGUUCUUUUCCCUCGCACAUACUGUUAAAAUGCAAUUGCACAAUUCUCUCAUCUUUUUAAUGUACAUUAUGCCUUUCUACUGUAAAGCAUUUUUCUAUUAUUUAUAUAAGAGCAUGUAAUUGGGUAUUAAAUAGUUUAGAACUGGAGAACUUAAACAAUGUUGAAAUAAUACUUGUUUUGUUUGCUUGCAUGUGUAAAUUUGUAUGAGUGUUUAUAAAAAGUUGAGGUUCUAUAUUGGUGGGGAGGUGGUUGGAAAUUUGGUAAGUUUUUCUCAUAAUAGUAAUCGAACAAGCUCCGCUAAUAUUGUUGAAAGGUAAAAGUGGAGUAGCUUGCUAUGACUCCCACAAGAUAAAUUGUGUUUUUGUUUUUGUUUUGAUUGUUUUGUAUAUGGCACGCUAAUAGGUGAAGUGAAAUUUAACUUUGAAUAAAAGUCACUUGCUGAAAAUUAAA